ACCAGAGCUGGGAGCUGCAGCACCAUCCCUUGCCAGGGGCCAGGAGCACAGCAAGAGGAGGGGAUGGAUGGUCCCGGCAGCUUCAGAGGCAGGACCUUGUGCCGUGAGGGCAGAGGGGCCGUGGCUGGGUGGGAAGCAGCUCAGGCAUUGCACGCUCAAGCACCUCCACGUCUCUCGUGACUCCAGGAGGUGGAGACGUGGCCGGGGGUUGGCAGCCAGGGCCCCUUGUAAGGUCUGUGGAUGCUGGGGCUGAUCAAGGAGGGGGGCUGCAACCCCGUGCCACCCACAUGUCUGGAAGGGUCUCUGUCCCCGUGCUCGUGAGCGAGUCCAGCUCCACGUUCACUAGUGAAUGGCACACGCACACGGUGCUCCCACCCAGCGCUGGCUCUGGACACUGGGUGUUUCCAGCUGUGGGGUCCCUGGGGCCUCUGUUCUUUUGCCAUUGCUGGCAGCCUCUGGACCCACUGCCCAGUGGGUAGAGAGCAGGGCCACACAGAUCCGGGUUUGGAAUCGCUCCCAAGAAGGAGGUGGGAUGGACUGUGAUGAUCAGGGGCAGGGCUCAGUCAAACAAGCAAAGACACCAGCAGCUUGCCUGUGUGUGACAGGCUCCUUGACAUUUACAUUAAUCAAGGACUUUUUUUUAGCUUCCCGUAGAAGAAUAGAGCGAUGGAAUGGCCAAUGCAAUGUUCCACGCCACAGACCUGCUGAGUAGGUAACUGAGGGUUGGCCAGGGGGUGGGAAUGCCCGAUCACAGCUCGGGAUGGUGCCAGUUCAGCAGGUGGUGGUUCCUGGUUUGAGGUAAACCAGAACCAAUUUUCUGUUCGCUAGUUUUACUUUUCAACCAAGGCUCUUCUUACUAAUUGAACUGUCUGAAAUUAACAGCAUAUUGCUGAGACACUGCUUGCUCCCAGAGAGAUAGGACCAAUUUUCUGCCAAUUUUCAAUUUAUGCCAAGGAACGGCAUGCAGAGGGGCUCUUGCUUCUACUUACUGCUAUAACAACCAAGGUUGGCUCUUUCCGUGGAUAGAGAAGCGUGGGGAGAAUCUGCUGUUGGUUUCAGUGGCCCACCAGGACAGGUGGUUAUUGAUAUUUUUUGUGCUAGUUUUCUGAUCUCAUUCUAUUAAACUGUCUUUAUUUCAACCCAUGAGGUUUUUUUCCUUUCUCCUCCUUUUCUCCCUCAUCUCCCCUGUGGGGUGGAGAAGGGGCAAGCGAGUGGCUGAGUGGUGGGGCUCAAACCAUGACAAGGAUUUACCAAUGCUGUGGAGAAUGGCAGGCCAACACACCAGCAGCAUCAUUUUCUGUCUAGAGCUUAAAGUGGCAUCUCUUUGGCCGUGCACUGCCAGGGUGUUGCUGGGGCUGACACAGCCAGAGCAGGAGGGGACACUGCUUUGUGCGGGACGGGGGACACAGCAUGGCCAUCCUUGGCUUCUUGGCCUCGCACAUCCCUGCCAUCCUCAGAGGGGCUCUGCAGCACCCAACCGGGUGCGUGCGGGGGCAGUUCUGCUCUCUGGUGUGUGCUUUGGGAAGGACGUGGUGGCCAAGGGCUGCAGAACAGGGUGGGGGGACCUUCCCAAGGGGCUGUGGUGCCACAUUGGUUUUCCUGGGGGCUGUUGGCAGGCGCUGGCUUGGAGCCAGGCGCUGUCACGGGCUGUGGGCCACACACCCGCAUCGCGCAACCGGAGCCAUCAGUGGGGCCUGCCGGGGGUGUCUGGGCCCAGCUUCUGCCGCCCCUCCUGCUCGGAACCCCCCGAGCUGCGCCCCCCUCCCCCUGAUAGGCCCCUGCCCAGCAUCGGAACCAGGGGCUCUGUGACAUCAGCCCUGGCAACCAGGGCACUGCGAGCGCUGCCGGCGCUGCCAGCACUGCCUCGGCUGCUGCUCUGAUGGCGACAACGAGCUCUCGGCUCCUUCAUCUGCCACGUGCCACUGGCACCAUGCAUCUGCUCCUGGUCCUCGUCCUGCUGGCCCUGUGCUGGCCCGCACAGGGCACCUGGGACAACUGUGGAGCGAGCUGCGGUCUCCGGCCCUUGGCUCAUGGCUACAGCACGUCGCGCGUCGUGGGGGGCACAGACGCCCGUCCAGGGGCCUGGCCAUGGAUGGUCAGCAUCCAGCACACCUGGCACAUCGACUGGGCUCACGUGUGCGGAGGGUCCCUCAUCAGCGCCCAGUGGGUCCUGACUGCAGCCCACUGCUUCCUCGAACUCAGUCCCGAACUCCGCUGGCGCGUGGUGAUUGGGGCCAACCGGCUGUCUCAGAUGGGCCCGGAGGUCCAGGAGCGCCACAUCCAGCGGCUCGUGAUGCACGAGCACUACAACAACAUCUCGCAGCUGAAUGACAUUGCCUUGCUGGAGCUGGAUCACCCAGUCCAGUGCAGCCACUAUGUACAGCUGGCCUGUGUGCCCGACGCCUCACUGAGGGUGUCGGAGCUGAAAAACUGCUACGUCAGUGGCUGGGGCUCCAUGAAUCCAAGAAGUUCCCGACAACCUGAUGUCCUGCAGGAGGCCCCCGUCCACCUCCUGGACACCCGCAUCUGUAACAGCAGCCGGUGGUACGCAGGGGCCGUCCACAGCAACAACCUGUGUGCUGGCUAUGCCUACGGGCUCAUCGACACCUGCCAGGGGGACAGUGGUGGUCCUCUCAUGUGCAAAGACACAAUUGCGGACUACUUCUGGCUGGUUGGGGUGACCAGCUGGGGAAAAGGCUGCGCCAGAGCCAGACAGCCCGGGGUCUACACCUCUACACAGCACUUCUACGACUGGAUCCUGGUCCAGAUGGGGCUGCGUCCAGCAGCAACGGCUACUCCAACACAACAUGUACACAUCACUUACGCUCCUCAAACCCAAAGGCCGGUCCCAACACACUCAAGCCAGUCUUUACCAUGUCCAUUUUCACGCCUGAAGCUGGAGCAAUUCUUUAAUGUGCUGCAGGAGCUCCUGCAGGCCCUCAGGGGGAAAAAGGUUUGAGCAGCAGGAUGAAGAGUGUGCGGUGCAGGCUGCAGUGUCCCAUGACCAUCUCCUCCUGGGGCCCACCUGCUGGUGCAAAGGCAGCCUCAGUGGCCAAGGCCUGCUCUGUCCUGCCUUGGUUGUUGAAAUAAAGUU